GGCUAACGCGCACGUCACUCAGCGGUUCCACGGCUUCAUAGGUUCCAAUUGAAAAAAGGGUCUGCUGGCUGCUUCUAUAUAUCCCGUUUUCGCACACAUCCUACUUCCCGAUGAGCUGCGGCAUUUUGUAGGAUUCAUUCGGUGACCAGCUGCUAAUACAAAUUGAUUUUUUUUCAUCAUGGCCAACCCCAGAGUUUUUUUUGACAUCACCAUCGAUGGAAAAAGUGCCGGGAGGAUUGUAAUUGAGCUGAGAGCUGAUGUUGUUCCCAAAACUGCUGAGAACUUCCGUGCUUUGUGCACCGGCGAGAAGGGUUUUGGCUACAAGGGCUCCGGAUUUCACCGCGUCAUCCCUAAGUUCAUGUGCCAGGGUGGAGACUUCACCAACCAUAACGGAACUGGUGGAAAGUCCAUCUACGGCAACAAGUUUGCGGAUGAGAACUUCACCCUGAAGCAUGGAGGGAAGGGAACCCUGUCCAUGGCCAACGCUGGACCAAACACCAACGGAUCCCAGUUCUUCAUCUGCACUGCUGAUACCGCUUGGCUCGAUGGCAAACACGUUGUGUUCGGGAAAGUGGUACAAGGACUAGAAGUGGUGGAUGCCAUCGAAAGUAAAGGAAGCUCCAGCGGGAAGUGCUCUGCCAAGAUCCUGAUCGCUGAUUGUGGCCAACUUUAAUUGUCGCUUACACCUCCUUCCCAUCCCAACCAUGCACAUUCCUUACUAUACAAAUUUCUUUUUUUUUUUUUUUAUUGCCAUUCCUGAAUGAGAUGCUAAUUCCAUGUGUCAUGGUCCUGUUUUAUGUGUUCUGAUGGUCCCCAGGACAUAAUUUGUUAAACAUGGAUUAAAGAUGGAUCAAGAUUCCUUUCAACA